GACGUAUACGAUACGUAUGCUUUAUUAACCGUCUUCCCGCGCGGCACCCUUCUCAGUUUCUCUGCUCCUUGGUGGUAGUUGUGCCUUCAGUCCUUUUACUUAAUUUCCAGGACUUUAAUUUACUGCCAUGUCUUCUGAAGAAGGGAAGCUCUUCGUUGGAGGGCUCAACUUCAACACUGAUGAGCAGGCUCUGGAAGAUCAUUUCAGUAGCUUCGGCCCUAUUUCCGAGGUGGUCGUUGUCAAGGACCGGGAGACUCAGCGAUCCCGGGGCUUUGGCUUCAUAACCUUCACCAAUCCAGAACAUGCUUCAGAUGCCAUGAGAGCCAUGAAUGGAGAGUCUCUGGAUGGUCGCCAGAUCCGUGUGGACCACGCAGGCAAAUCGGCCCGGGGAACCAGAGGGGGUGCCUUUGGGUCCCAUGGGCGUGGCCGCAGCUAUUCUAGAGGUGGAGGGGACCAGGGCUAUGGGAGUGGCAGGUAUGACAAUCGGCCUGGAGGAUAUGGAUACGGAUAUGGAAGGUCCAGAGACUAUGGCGGCAGAAGCCAGGGUGGCUAUGACCGCUACUCAGGAGGAAAUUACAGAGACAAUUAUGACAACUGAGAUGAGGCAUGCACACCUAAUGUAGAUACACAAGGAAUAAGACUUCUGAUCCAGGAUCGUCCUUCCAAAUGGCUGUAUUUAUAAAGAUUUUUGGAGCUGCACUGAAACAUCUGUUUUAGUAUAUUGACUUCUAUUUUUGAAUUGAGCUCCCAAGGUAGCUUGUUAAAAGACCUUUUAGAAAGCUCCGUAUGUUUUUAAAAGUUUUCUUUUCUCCCAUUUAAAGACAAAUUCUGGAACAUUUAUAGAGUUUGGGUAUUUCCUUUGACCAGUUUUUUAGUUUGGGCUCUCAGGAUUGGUUCUGGCAAAAAAUGGCCAGACUGAUUUUUAUUUUCAGAAAUCAUGUGUAUCUAGGGGCAUUAAAAACCCAUAUACAAUGUUUAUCAUGGUUAGGAAGCAAUUUCCAAAUGUAACUACAAGAAAUCAACGUGAUUAUUUAGAGAUGUUUUUUACUGCGGAUCACCACACUGAUUAUAUAGAAGUUUCUUAAAAAUAUUUGUGAAUGUCCAUUUUUUUUAAUACUGGAAGAAAAACUAUUCUGUUGUGUCUCGUAGUGUUUAGGAUGUUCUUCAUGGAGCAGAUUAAAAAGAUGAAACCUGAAAACAAUCGA